ACCUCAGGUUAUUUAUCAUAUACAGAGCAGUUUCACAGUACAAUAUAUUUCACACACUGGAUCCUGAAAACACUUUAUAGGCCGAUUGCUACCAGAAUCAAGAGUUUUCUCUCUCUCUGAAAGAACCGAACUGGGAUUUGAUCUUGCUCAUCUUCUCUGACCUCCCCAGCCAGAUUUAAUGAAGCUGUUCUUUGUAAGGAUUGGAAAUGGAGUCUGCUGAGAAAGCAAGAAAUAACCACUAUAGAAUGGAGCACACACCGAAUGAAGAAACAUCGCAGUUGUUCCCGGGACUUAAUCCUGAAGAGUUUUCAAAAGAGGAUGGACUGAAUCCAGAGGAGAAAGAAUGUCUGGAGUUCUUGAUUCAGACAAUCAACAACUUGGAUAAGGAAAUCUUAGAAGACGAUGAGUGGAGUCAUGAGAAAACGGAAGGAUCUCUAGGUUCUCGGGACCAAUGCCAGCAUAAUGUCAUCUGCAGCAUGCAGCAACAAAGUAAAUUUGUGGAGCACACCCCGCUGAAACUUGGUGCCUUCCCAGCAGUUUCUAAAAGUAAAAUGAUCAAGUCCCAUUCAGAGGAGUCUGAUGAAAUCACUUGGAGAAGGUCUGAUCUUCAUUGUCCUCGAGCUAAACCUCCUCCUAGAUCAGCCAACUCUCACCCCACCCACUUAAAGAAGUUUGACACCAUACUGAAGUCAGGAGUCAACGUUCAGGAACUUCGCUUGCGUUUCCUGCACCACCUCGACAACUCUGCUCCUGCCAAAAAACCAGCAAAGGACGCUGUAAGACUUUGGUCCAAUGCUCAAAAAUCUACACGGGAUGAAGCACUGCAGAAGUUGGGCUUUCUUCAGAGAGACAAACCUUUUCUGAAUGCACAUCAACACAUCCAGCUUCUGUGCGCUGAAAGGCCAGACAAAGAGGCAACUGCAGGUUCCACCCACAUGUUUAAGAAGUGUCCAUAAUAGCUGUUGUGGACCCUUAGUUGUGCUUUCUUAAGCCAACUGAAAGCCAAGCAAGGUUAGAACAUCUCUUCUGAUAGGGUAUCAAGCGAAACCGUCCUUUUUGUUGGAUUAUUUUCUGCAAAAUACUAUGGGGCCAGAAUACAGAACCUGCAAUGUACAGUUUAUAGGAACGCAUUUAAUAGCAUUUUUUUUUUUUGCACAGUGCAUCUUAUUGGUACAAUAGUUAGUUGAGAUGCAUCAUGUUGGCUUUUAAUUUCAUUUCUAAACUUCUUAAUACUGCAUCCUUGAUCCCUUGCGCAAUGAAAGAGAUAUUAUUUUGUGAAAAUGGAGACCAGUUUCCUUCCUUCAGAAUAAGCCCAGUGCCUUUACUUAUAAGAUCAAAGCAAAUGCACUCAAGGUCACAGGAGUGCUUUCAGACUUAGCUUUUACUAUGCAGUCUCCUCGUCUUAUUCCUCAAAGUUUAUAGACGAUGCAAACAAUAUUGCUUUCUGCUCAUCGCUUCGUUUUGCUAAUGCUACUUCCAGUAUUUUAAUGGGAGGGGAACCCAGAGCAAUGUAUUGUUAAGAUCCCUUUAACUAUCCAAGAGCAGGUCUCUCUGGAAUGUUAUAUUUGACUAGCACAAAUUAGAACAUAAGUAUCCCUGGCAGGAAUAUCUGCCAGGUCUCUAAUGAAGACCAUCACAUUUGCUUCAUAAGGGAUCCAUGUAUUCUAACUGAUGCUACAGCCAACUGCUGUUUUCAUUAGGAAGCAAUGUCC